AUGUCCACCAAAGCCCCAUAUGAGAUCCAGGAGUUGCAGCCGACCCAGCAGAUGCUCGCGGGGUUAAGAUAUCGAAAGUCCCUGCACUUUGUGGCCCAGGCAGCCGUAUGGACCACUGAUAUCUACUUUCUUCUCCGGGUGGGCGUCGUCGUCACCAGCCUGGGUCAAACCUGGCAAAUGUGGCUCAUGAUCAUGGUCGAAUGGAUAUUUGCUCGUCUAUCCCGUCAAAGCCAACUCCUUACUGUCGCGACGGGGUGUAAGCCCCCGUUGCUCCGGAAGCAGCUGCGACUUCGCGGUACUAAAAAUCUUCCGCGGGUUGACGUGCUGGUGGCCUGUUGCGGGGAGCCCCUGGACAUUAUCCUGGAUACUGUGCGAGCGGCUUGCUCCAUUGACUAUCCAGCCUCGGAGUUCCGAGUCCUACUCCUGGAUGAUGGAGGAUCCGAGGCACUACGGAUCGCAGUCUCCGAAUUGCAGUCCAAAUGGCCGCAGCUCUCCUAUCAUACUCGCGGAAAGCAUUCAGGCCGCGUAUUUGCCAAAGCGGGGAAUCUGAACUUCGCCCUAUUCUCAUUGCAGGAGGACUUCCAACCGGAAUACUGCGUAGUCUUGGAUUCAGACUGCCUCCCGGGCCGGAACUUCCUGCGUGCCACAUUGCCUCAUUUGCUGCAAAAUCCACAGGCGGCAUUGCUCACAACAAGACAACACUACUAUAACUUGCCUCAGGGGGAUCCUCUCUCUCAGUCUCGCAUUCAUUUCUAUGCUUGUCACAAUACCGAGCUCGACUACCAAGGCAUCGCGAUAGAUGCGGGAUCCGGAGCGGUCUUUCGACGGCAAGUGAUCCUCGAUACCGGCGGAUAUCCCACCUUUUCCUUCUCGGAGGACUGGCAGCUGUCCUUAAUUUUACAAGGUCGUGGACAUACUAUCAUCCAGGUUGAAGAGCCUUUGCAAUUCGGCCUGGUUCCAAGCUCCCUGCAGGGACAUGUUGCGCAAAGAAACCGAUGGAAUAUUGGACACUCGCAACAGCUGAAUGCGCUACGUCCACCCACAAACAAAAGCAUCCCCCGCCAGUUGCAAUGGAGCAUUGCCCUUAAUGGAAUGCAAAUCGUCCUUGGACUCGUCAGCUCCUUUGUUGGAUUCUCAACGAUUCCAGUGUUGUUGCUGUCAGAUCAUCUCAUUCCGACGCCAUCGCCGUUGCUGGUGAAAGCCCAGAUGGCUAUGGCAGUGACGCACAUGGCUCUGACAUGGCUCUAUGCAUGGUUACAAGCCGCCUACACAGGAUUCCGAGUCCCACUGUUUUCUCACCUCGAGAAUAGCUGGCUUGCCGGUACACAUCUCUUCGCCAUCCUAAGAUUCCAAUAUUUUUCCAGCAAGCCCAAGGGGUCAUUCGUUACCGGGAGCGUUGCCAACUCAUGGAACCGAGCAGGCUACGCAUCGUUGUGUCAAAAGGCCCAGCUGCUAUGGGAGAACGGGGUUAUCUACGCCGUUUCUCUACUCCUCGUCACUCUGAGCGCGGCCGCCUUCUCGAUCUGGAGAACCAUCACCGAUGAUACUGGGACUCUGGGGACUUCAUUUGUGACCACCUUGGCCUGGCCACCGCUCCUCCAUAUUUUCUACCUUGCCAUUACCAAUCUCUGGGUCCCCGUCUCGUAUCUAUGGAAUCCUCCCCGGUACCCGGACCGUGCAUCCCAGCUCGCUAAAACGGAGCAGGGCAUUGCGUUCCCGCGCGCUGAAGUCCUGGGUAAGCUUUCGUUUCAAGGUCAGUAUCGGUCACAUGGGUCUGGAUUUGCGGUGGUUGUUGUUGUGGUUCCUUUCCUCCUAGUGUCAUUAUUGAUUGCUGUGUUGGCCGUAUGA